AGUGAUGGCCAAGACGUGGGCAAGGCCUGGUGUGUGGAGUUCAGAUCCAGUUCCCCAGGCUGGCUCGGUGGGUCCUGUUUGCCGUGUGUUUCUUUUAGCCAUACCCCGGGUGCUGCUGGCCUGCACGGUGUGGAGAGGGGAUCCGGGUGUGUGUACAACGCAAGGAGGAAUUGAGCACUCGGCGCUGGCUCAGAGGUGGGACAUGGCUGGUGGCCGUAGCUGCGACGGGAGAAAAUAAAGGCCACAGACCUGUACGCUGGCCUCCUGGAGUGCUGGUCGGCUCGGUGAAUGAGGUGCCAACACUUCCAGAUCAGGUGGCCCAGAGAUGCCAAAUGUUUGGACACCCCUGCGAGUGUUCCCGGGAGAGCACCCCGAUCAGUGCACGGAGAGCUCUCGCCUUUCGGGGGAGCCUGCAGGAUUCCUGCACAUGGGACACCACAGGUUACACAGCCGGUCCUCUGCUGCUGAGCACUUAGGUUCUUUCCGACCCGCUGCUGGUGUAAAGAAGGCUGCAGUGAAAUCCCUUGUUAUAUGUUGGCUGAAUGUGUGGUUUUCAGAAAACCUGAGGGCCUGAAGGCGGCAGCCCUGGGAUAAGCAGCCCUUUCUGUGGGCAGUCGGAACCUUCCGGUCCAGAGGAGCAGCCGUCCCUCACCUGGACUUAUGACCCGCGGCCUCGUCCCCAGCCUGCCUAUUGAGAUCCACAGGAUGGGCUCCUUCCGCAGGCCCAGACCGCGCUUCAUGAGCUCUCCAGUGCUCAGCGACCUGCCCCGAUUCCAAGCCACGCGGCAGGCCCUGCAGCUGAGCUCCAACUCGGCCUGGAACAGCGUCCAGACAGCUGUGAUCAACGUCUUCAAAGGCGGAGGCUUGCAAAGCAACGAGCUCUAUGCACUGAACGAAAAUAUCAGGCGGCUGCUGAAGAGUGAACUUGGAUCGUUCAUUACAGACUAUUUCCAGAACCAGCUUCUUGCAAAAGGACUGUUGUUUGUGGAGGAGAAGAUUAAGCUGUGCGAAGGUGCAAAUCGCAUUGAGGUUCUGGCUGAAGUCUGGGACCACUUCUUCACUGAGACUCUCCCCACCCUGCAGGCAAUAUUUUAUCCAGUCCAGGGCCAGGAGCUGACCAUCCGCCAGAUCUCCCUGCUGGGCUUCCGAGACCUGGUCCUGCUCAAGGUGAAGCUGGGCGACCUGCUGCUUCUGGCCCAGUCCCAGCUGCCCUCGUCCAUUGUCCAGAUGUUGCUCAUCCUGCAGAGUGUUCAUGAGCCCACAGGCCCAAGUGAGGGUUAUCUACAGCUGGAGGAGCUGGUGAAGCAAGUGGUUUCUCCUUUCCUGGGCAUCAGUGAGGACCGCAGCGCCUCGGGCCCCAUGUACACACUGGCCAGGCGCCACUCCCGGGUCCGGUCCAAGGUCACUGUCCUGAACUACGCCUCCCCAAUGGCCACCAUCAGCCGGCCACUAAAUGAGAUGGUCCUGACCCCUCUGACGGAGCAAGAAGGGGAGGCCUACCUGGAGAAGUGUGGCAGUGUCCGGCGGCACACGGUGGCCAAUGCCCACUCGGACAUCCAGCUGCUGGCCAUGGCCUCCAUGAUGCACCCAGGCUUAGGCGAGGAGCCCGGCGCCGAGGACAAGUGCCUGCUCCUGCCGCCCAGCUUCUCCGCACCCCACCGCCAGUGCUCCAGUGAGCCCAGCAUCACCGACGGCCCCGACCAGGUGGAGGAGGUGGCGGGGGGCAGCCAGGAGGACUCGGAGGCAAACAGUGCUUCCCUUGGCUGAAUGCCCACGUCCAGGACGUCCCAGCUCCGGCCCAGCAACCAGGAUAAGGACGGUUCCAUCCUGUGAAUCACCAAGGGGCUCCUCCUUUGGGCAACUGCUGCCUCCUGUCUUCUUGGGGACAGGCCUAGCCUAAGUGCCCUAGGGGAAACCUAGUUGUAAACCUCUCCAUUUUCGUGACUGUGACCACCUCUUCGCAGCCACACGGACCCAACUGCCUAAUGUUCACUUGCUGACUUCCAGCCUUGCCUGCCUGACUCGGAUCCUCGUCUCUGGGCUCUCCCCCCUCAGAUGCUGGACUGUCCCAUGGUCCCAAUGCAGUAUCCCAGUGCCCUUGGCAUUGCCAUAGCAGGAGGUUAUCUGAGCGGCGCAUGAAGCCAGCAAGGAUGUGUUGGCUUUUGGAGUUCCCCUAUAGGUCUGGUGAGGCAGAGGCUUGUGGGUGAAAAGAUACCUCUCCUCCCCUGUGUGUGUCGGUGCGGAGGGAGAGGAGAGAGCAGCCCCUACCUACCAGGACUCUGGGCAAGUGCCUUCCUUGUUUCAGUCUCAGAAUUACUGGGAAAGAAUUGCCCACUGGCGGUAGGGUCCAUCCGGGUCCAGCGGGGCGGGGCCAGAAGGCAGGAGACACCUGGCUUGGAUGAAGCCUCUGCAUUGCCCCCUCAGGCUUCCUCCCAAGCUCAGGGAACUAACCUCCCUGGUGGAGUAGCUGAUGCCUUCAUCUCUUUUACUUUAGAGACGGACCGUUUUCUGUUUGUUGUGGGUGAAGGGCCGGCUGAUACCGACCCACGAGUGUGUUCCUGGAUUUGACUUGAAUUUUCAAAGCGUGCAUCGUCUCAAAAACAAUUGUUUGCAAAUAUUUGCACAUAGGAUGUUUCACUGCUCCUUUCCGACGGGGUGUGUCUUCAAGCUGAAAAAUAAGGACGCCCUCCAGGGAAGGGAGACUGGACGGGUUCGGGGGCGAGAGUGGUCCGUGGUGGGCAGGGUUCAGAGGCGGCGGAACUCGAGCAGCUGGAUUCGCAUCUAGAAUGGCCUGUGUGUGUGAGCGUUGUGGUUUGUAGGAGAAGCUGCAGCGAGGUAGGGAGACAGCUUGCCUUGUGGGCAGACGGUGGCGGCAAAUGGAAUGUCUGCAUGCUUCCCAGUGGGGGGAGAUGGAGGAAAUGUUCAUUCCCCGUGAUUAAAGGAGAAUCUGGGUGCGCUGGGAAUUUCUGACGUGGGAGCUCUCCACGUGCGGUCGGGGCAGCAGGCUUUGGGGCUGUGCUGCCUCCGCACCCUGCUCCCCCAGGUCUGGGCUCGCGGUCCAUCUCGGACCUCUGUUCCUCUCUGAAUUCACCUGUUGGCCCCACUCACAACAGCUCCAGAAGAAAGGAGAAGGCUCCUCUGGACCCUUCUGGCACCCUCUGGGUACCCUGUUGGGCUUGGAAGCUCUGUGAAUAAAAUCUAGAGACAUGAGUCAGCCUGGCUUCCCCUGGGGGGGCGGGGGGCGGCUACGAGGGCAGAGGACAGUUGCAGCAGCUCCCCGAAGCCUUGACAACCUUUCCCUUCUGGGGGAAGAUCUGAAACGUGACCAGAGUUGUGCUUCUGAUGGCUUGUGAUUGGGACAUUGUGUCUAACGAGUUUCAUGUUCAUCCUGCUACGAGAGUGAUGGGAGAGAGAUGUUCAAAGGAGACCUGAGAAUUUCAAACGACCACAAAAAAUCUUGGGGUGCGCGUUGGAUAAAGCCCACAGAUUGACUAACACGCAUUAGCAGAUGGCACAUCAGUAGGUAACAACCUGACAAUUUAUUUAACUGAUGGCUUCUGUCCUGUGGUACACUAAGCACUGGGGAGUGGUAUUUAUCGAUCCAGGCAAAGUAAUUAAUGAUGCUUGGGUCUAAGGUUUUUUGGGGUUUUUUUGGUUUUGUGGUUUUUUUUGUUUGGUUUUUUUUUUUUCGUUUACAACAUUAGCAAUACACAUGCUUUUAAAUGCCUUUUCUGUACCACAAAUGACCCUGAUGAGGACGGCAGUCACUGGGUCAAAUGUGUGGGUUCGGACGGGGAGUGCUGGGCCAGACCCGGGGGACUUAAUUUUGCCGGUGACUGUUAGCCGGUUUACAGCUUCACCUGGAUGUACAUGCCUGAGGUUUGCACAGCAAACAUUUGGGACGGUACGUAGGAAAAUUGUGUUCAUGUUCACAGGCAUUUUAACACUCUCAGAGCUGGUGCAAGAGGGACAGUUGUUGUGUUUUAACCACUGCCUCUGCCCUUUACGAGAUGAAGAUUCAUCUUCGUCGUCUGAGCGAGGAUGUUCCUGUGGCUGAGGUUUAAUGACAGGAAGCGAUCACGACGCUAAACUCUGAGCGAGCUCACAAACCAAAACCCUUCCACGGUGUCUGUUUCCAACACGGAUUCAAUAAACAUCAUUUCGU